AUGCCAGUUGUUAAUAUGACGCCAAAAGGAACCCUCACGAGUAACAUACUCGUUGUGAUAUCGAUUGCGGCAGUUUUUUACGCUAUCACUUUUCCGAUUAAAAAUGUAACUAGGAAGAAGCCUGGUAAUCAGGAGAAUAUUGUUUUCAAUUUCACGCAGAUGACCACGCAAAAUGGAUAUACAUCAGAAGAGCAUACCGUUGUAACCGAAGAUGGAUACAUUUUAAGAAUAUUUAGAGUCCAAGGUGGAAGAAAAUGUGAUGGAAAAAGAAGAUCACUGCCGGUUUUAUUGAUGCAUGGUCUUCUUUUGAGCUCGGAUGUGUGGCUCGACGCCGGGACUGAUAAUGGAUUAGCCUACCUUAUUGCCAACGCCUGCUUCGAUCUCUGGGUGGGCAAUUGCAGAGGAAACUACUAUUCCAGAAGGCACGAGACUCUAGACCCUGAUACAGAUGCUAAAUUCUGGCAUUUCUCCGUGGAUGAAAUUGGACAUUAUGACGUCCCUGCUAUGGUAGACUACGUUCUGGAUUAUACAGGAGCGGAAAAGCUCAACUAUGUCGGAUAUUCUCAAGGUGCUAGUACUUUUUUCAUUAUGUGUUCAGAGAGACCUGAAUAUUGUAAUAAAAUUAACAAGAUGAUAAGUCUAGCGCCUGCUUCGAGGCAAUUUAACACAGCCUUGAAUCCUUAUCGCUUAUUACUGAGGCUCUUUGCUUUAGGCCAUCAAUAUCUUAGAGCUAUGGGUGUAGAGGAAGUGCUUUCGAACGGGGCAUUUCUUCAGGAGUUCCUGGCAUACGCCUGUGAAGCUUACUGGACCAGCAGUAUUUGCAAUUACGGUACUAGUGUGCUUAUUGACUCCUAUCAUCCUGGAUCUGUGACUAAUGAAACGACGAAGAUAAUGUUCAAACAUUUCCCUGCUGGCACGUCCUUGCAGAACAUGGUGAGAUACGGUCAGAGUGCAAUUAGUCCUGAUUUUCAGAAAUACGAUUAUGGGAAAGACAUAAACAUAGAUGUAUAUGGACAAGAAACACCUCCUAAGUUCAAUUUGAGUGCUGUUACUACACCUGUAGUAAUUCUUUAUGGAAAGAACGAUGCAUUAGUUAGUGUUAAAGAUGUGAAGUGGUUGGUAAGUAAGUUACCGAACGUGAUCGAUUUAGUGGAAGUAAAGGACCCCCUGUGGAAUCACUUGGACGUCGCUUACAGUCAGUAUAUUGGAGAAAUGUUGUUUCCAAAGAUAUUUGAGCAUUUAGUAACGAAUAGUAUUAAUUAAAUGAUAUCUUGAUAGUUUUGUUAAGUUUGAUGAAUGCAACUGUUAUUGUGAUUUUGCCUCCGCCUUUAGACGAAGUCAUAAUUGACUUGCA